AUGGAAGGCUCUUACACACAGGCGUCCUACAUGCCCUCGAGCCCGAUAGCACCAGAGGAUGAAUGCGACUUCCAAGAAGUUAGCGUGAGGGAGGUCGAGGCACUCACACUCAACGCGAAACAGAUAACGACCACCAUCCUACCUAUCUCAGUCGAUCGACAGGACAAAGCAAAAGCCACUGCAAGACGACCUCAUUCCCCUCAUGCCAACAUAUCCUGCGCAGACAGUUUCGCAAGCCCGCGCCCGCCGCGCCCGCCGCGCCCGCCGCGCCUGGCGACGCCCAAGCCCACCUCACCCGGCUCUACCAUCCCGAGCACGAUCCAAACAAGCCAUCGAUAUAACCAUGCACAUACGUUGGAUGCAGUGUAUCUGUCUCGGGGCGCCUGGCUCAACAUGACGGCGGUCUACGGCCGUGAUACGAGCUGGUUCCAACGCAUGGUGCAAGCCGCAUCUCUCGUCUCCAUGAUGGAGCCACCACAGAAGAGAAGGAAGACGAUGCCAGACCCUCUGCUCGCAGUACGACUGAUGAUGAGGGAGUUAACGACCGAUACAAGCGGCGCCUACCUCGCCGAUGCUGUGGAAGAGAACCGCGCGGAAGAAGACGUGAUGAUGGACGACCCACAAACACUCAUCUCUCGCCCAAAGCUAGCUAUUCCGAACAAACUGGAAUUGAAGGCUAGAGAGCUUGGAGAAGAUGGCCUACAGCUCGUACUGCACGACCCACUCGCCCUCUUCGCCGUCCAUCUUCGUAUCGCGCCCGGGCCGCCGGGACCGACCGAGUUGACCCCUACGUCACAGCGAUCACGGUCGAGGAGCUCCUCAGUAGCGAGCAACGAUACCGCCAUUGAGUUCGCCGAGUUCAACCCCAGCAGCUUCGACUUCGAGAGCGACACCCGACCAUCGGGGCUGAAAUGGGUGCCACCGCACCUCCGUCUUGCAUUCCGCGAAGACCGAGAGGAUGAAGAAGACCAACUGUUCAGUUUCGAGGGGCAUGCAGUAUGCUUUCUGCGGGAGAACGAGGAGCGUGUCGCAGAAGUUCUGAUUAGUGUCGAGACUGGUGGCUUUGGCGUCUACCAAGCAGGCAUCCAGACGACUAGCGCAUUUCUCCGCCACAUCGCUUCUGACGACCGAACAGCAGUGUGGAAAGACUGUGAAUAUUGGCGGCUGGGACACACUCCAUACAGUCAGAACUCUGACAAGGAGUUUGAUGUGCUACAAGGGAACAUUGAUGGCCCCUCGAUCCUCACAGCCGGAAGCGAUCGACCCAUUGACAGGGCCAAGAAGGAGUUAUCGAUGCUUAUGAAGGAAAUCGGCGAUCUAAGACGUGAUGCCAGGAGAUGGAAACGCCACCCCAGGAGAACCUGCGAGAAGAAUUCCAGGUGCUGGCAAGGCAAUACGAAGACCCACCGAGAACUGUCGUCAUUGCUGAUCCGUAUAUCGAGACGCUCAGAGCGCGGAUCUCCAAGAUAG